GUUGUUGUUGUUGUUGUUCCUGCCGAGGAAGGGGAUUCAAUGUUUCCUGGUGUGCCGCCGAUGCCGUUGCUUGCGUCUAUUGGCGUCGGUGUUGAUGUUGCUGUUGUUUGUGCCGGUGAUGUUGUAUGUGAUGGGGACGUUGUUACAGUUGCUAUUGUUGUUGUUACUUGUAAGGUUGUUUGUAUUCUUGCUUCUUCUCGUCUGAGUAUGUCGGAAAUGACAGGUGCCAUGUCUUCUUAUGUUGACGUUGCGGACAGAGAAGGAAUUGGGCGGUUUGUUUGUUGACAACGGGACUAGAACAAGUCGCAGUAGUUCAAGUCGUAGUCCGUUACGUCCCCGCCCGGGUCUCGACCUCUUUCUGCCCCUCCCCCUUCUAGAUCCGAGGUCGUAGCUGAGUUGGGGGG